AUCCCCUCUUCCAAAACUGCUAAACCCCUCGCCGGUAAACACGCUGGGACGCACCGAUGGGUAAGAGCGGAAAGAAGCCGAAGGAAUCGCACCGACAUGGCCGAGGCCACCGUGCCUCACAGUUCGGCGAUGAGGACCUACCUUCGUCUGCCUAUGACGCGCCACCGCCCCGCCCCGAGGACUCCGACGAUGACGAUUCCAACGAAGCCGCAGCGGAAGGCGAAGACGAAGGAGACGCAGAAGCAGGCGACCAGGGCCAGUGGCAAGUAGGCCCUAUGCCUUCCAAGUUCCACCUAUAUCAGCUCUCCGUGCAGUCGCCAAAAGGGGACAUCAGCUACCUGCAGAAGUUCUUUCUGAUGUACGUUGGCGGACGCGUCCCGCUUCAUCUGCAGGAGGAUUUCUGUGGCACGGCCCUCCUUAGUACUGAGUGGCUUCGCACUGAUGCAAGACGAACAGCAAUUGGCUUGGAUUUCGACCGUGAGUCACUUGAGUGGUGUCUUGAUAACAAUAUGAGCAAGAUUGGAGCUGAUGGAUAUUCGAGAAUGUUGCUUUUCGAUGGAAAUGUUCUGCAGCCAAAUGAAUCUCGCCUUGUCAAGCAAAAGAUCAGUGAUCUCAUGCAAGGUCUAAAUACUACCAAUGAUAAUGGAUCUACAGAAAUCUGCGAUCAGUCAGAGUCUGCUAUUCCAAAAUGCUUAGCCAAUUCGACCAUGGCAGAUGCAGUUUUGCCUGGAAGAGACGUUAUUUGUGCUUUCAACUACAGUUGCUGUUGCCUUCACAGGCGAAAGGACUUGGUUUUGUAUUUCAGGCAUGCUUUCAGUGCACUUUCCAAAAGAGGCGGCAUAUUUGUAAUGGAUCUAUAUGGCGGCACAUCAUCUGAAUGCAAGCUUCGUCUCCAGAGGAGAUUCCCCAGCUUCACUUAUUUCUGGGAGCAAGAAGAGUUUGAUAUCAUAACUCGUGAAACAAGGAUCAGCCUCCACUUUCAAGUUGGAAAGAAGCAGAUGUUGCGGCAUGCCUUCACUUACCAUUGGCGCCUGUGGUCGAUACCAGAAAUCAAGGACUGCUUGGAGGAAGCUGGAUUUAAAUCCAUCCACGUCUGGGUCAGGGAGAUGCCUGAUACCCAAUCAAGCGGAAAUGCCAAGGAAUACACUGCUGACCGAGACGUGAAGUACGAAGAGUUGCAGCAUUUCAACCAGGGAGAUGCUUGGAACGCCUAUGUAGUGGGAGUAGCGAACAUCUAGAUGAUGCAUGCUGCCUCCUGUUACGAAAAUAUGAUGGAAACCUGGUCUCAGACAAUUUUUCCUUCCAAUGCACCCAGACCAGUUCGUCUGCUGCUGGAUGAGCAUGUUUUGUCUAAUGUACGAAUGUUCCCUCACGCCCUUUUUACAUGACAUUACAUUGCCGGAAGUAUUCCAAAGCAUCUGCUCGAUUAUCCAGAUGAUAUGUCAACGUGAUGCCAUCCCUUUUGGUCUCUCA